AUGGAAGAGGUCUUGGAGAUCUUGGGUCCAAGCAGGCCUGGCCGGGUCAGGGUCAUUGUCCACCUGGACCUGGAUUGCUUCUACGCCCAAGUGGAGAUGCUUCGAGAUCCCAGGCUGAGAGGAAGGCCUCUGGGGGUCCAGCAGAAGGCCUUGGUGGUGACCUCCAACUAUGAGGCCAGGGAGCAGGGGGUGACGAAGCUGCUGAGCCUGCAGGAGGCCUGCAGGAGAUGUCCUGACCUCACCCUGGUCAGGGGAGAAGACCUCAGGCCCUACAGGGAGAUGGCCUCCAAGGUCACAGAUCUCCUGCUGACCUUCUGCCCCCUGGUGGAGCGCCGGGGCCUGGACGAGGCCUUUCUGGACGUCACCCAGCUGGUGGAGAGGAGGCUCCAGGAGCUCCUCCAGGCCCCAGGGCCUCUCCACCUCCCUGUCCCAGGCCACAUCUACAACCACCAAGCUCUCAACCUCUUGGACCUCAACCACCUGAGGUUGCUCCUGGGCUCCCAGCUGGCAGAAGACUUCAGGAGGGCCUUGGCCUCCACCUUGGGCCUCACAGCCUCUGCUGGGGUGGCCACCAGCAAGGUCCUCUCCAAGCUGGUCUCUGGCACCUUCAGGCCCAACCAGCAAACCCUCCUCCUGCCUGAGAGCUCUGCAGCCCUCCUGGAGGGCCUGGAGGACCUCCAGAAGGUUCCUGGGAUUGGCCCCAAGACCUCCCAAGGCCUCCAGAGGCUGGGGGUGAGGACCAUCUCUGAGCUCCAGGAGGUUCCCCUUGGACUCCUGGAGAGGGCCUUUGGCCCUUCUGCAGCUCAGAAGCUCCAGAGGCUGAGCCAUGGAGAGGAUGAAGCUCCUGUGACCCCUUCAGGGCCACCUCAGUCUCUGAGUGAGGAAGACUCCUUCAGGAGCUGCUCCUCAGUGCAGGAGGUGAAGAGGAAGGUGGAGGAGCUGCUCCCAGACCUCUUGGCCAGGGUGAAGAAGGAUGGGAGGAGACCCCAGACCAUGAGGUUGACCAUCAGGAAGGUGACCAAGGAGAAGAGGUCCCCCAGGGAGAGCAGGCAGUGUCCUGUCCCCCCCCAGCUCCUCCAGGGGCUUGAAAGAGGUAGCUCCAAGCUCCUCCAGGCCUUGGUGGAGGCCCUGCUGAAGCUCUUCCAGAAGCUGGUUGACCUCUCCCACCCUUUCCAGCUGAGCCUCCUCAGCAUCACCUUCUGCAACUUCCAAGAGGCCCCCAAGAAGGACAAAGAGUCCAUUGGGUUCUACCUCCAGGAGAGGGCCUGGGGAGGAGGAGGGCCUGGGAAGGGCCUGAGGGAUGAUGUCUCAGCUGGUGGAGAGGAGGAGAGCUCCAGGCAGGAGACCUUCUCCAGGCCUCCAAGCCCCAAAGGCAGGAAGCUUGGGGAGGAGAAGCUGGGAGGUCUUGAGGUCCAGAGCUGGCCAGAGGAUCAGGUGGCACCUCCCGGAGGUCCUCUCCUGGCUGGAGGAGGUCCUGAGCCCCCUGGCAGGCAAGAACUUCCUCCUGAGGUGGACCUGGAGACCUUCUCUGAGCUCCCUCCAGAGCUCCAGGAGGAGCUGCUGGUGGAAUGGAAGAGGCCAGGAGGGCAGAGGCCAACUGGAGGAGCUCCAAGGAGCCCUGGGGGGCGAAGAGGAGCUCCAAGGAGCCCUGGGGGGCGAAGAGGAGCUCCAGGCUCAAGCCAGGCCAACACUUUGUGGAGCCUCUCCUGGACCUCCUUCAACCUCAGCGAAACCUCCCCCGGGGCCUAA